AGCUUGUCGUGUCCCAAAAGCUGAGCAACCCACACGAGUCUCCCCCUCAGCCCACCACCCAAUUCCCCUUUUCAUUUUUCUUCCAAUUUCUCUCGCCUUUUCCUUUUUCAAAAAGUCUUGCUUCUCAGAGAUCGACAUUGGCGCCUCCCUCUCUCUGCUUGCCUUCUAAUCUGAAGACAAACGUUAGGGAGCUUUCUUUCCUUUUGAAGUUUCGGAUUCAGACAUGUCGAUGCGAAGGCGAACUCUGCUCAAGGUCAUCGUUCUAGGCGACAGCGGCGUGGGCAAGACAUCUUUGAUGAAUCGAUAUGUGAAUAACAAGUUCAGUCAACAGUACAAAGCCACCAUCGGUGCAGAUUUCGUCACCAAGGAGCUUCAGAUCGACGACAGGCUGGUCACGUUGCAAAUAUGGGACACGGCUGGGCAAGAGAGGUUUCAGAGUCUGGGCGUUGCCUUCUAUAGAGGUGCAGAUUGCUGUGUGCUUGUUUACGAUGUCAAUUUCAUAAAGUCCUUCGAUUCUCUUGACAAUUGGCACGAGGAGUUUCUUAAGCAGGCUAAUCCACCGGAUCCGGAAGCAUUCCCCUUUAUAUUGCUUGGUAACAAGAUUGACAUUGACGGAGGAAACAGUAGAGUGGUCUCUGAGAAAAAAGCCAGGGAGUGGUGUGCUGCAAAAGGACGCAUGCCCUAUUUUGAGACGUCAGCUAAAGAAGAUUAUAACGUGGAUUCUGGAUUCUUGAGCAUAGCAAAGCUUGCCUUGGCUAAAGAGCGUGAGCAGGAUAUAUAUUUUGAAGGGAUUCCAGAGGCUGUAUCAGAGACUGGGCAAGGAGGAGGGUGUGCCUGCUGACUCUAAUCUUUUGGGUAUCCAUCCAUCUUCCUCUGAUGGUGAGAGGUGGGACCAAGGAACUACACUUGCUUUUUUUUUUUUUUUUUGCUUCAACUCAUGCCCACAAGAGAUAUGUUUUAUGCAAUGUCUCCGAAUGUAGAAUUCUCUUAGUCAGUGUGUUUGAUGUGUGAGAGAGACCAAUCAUCGGACACGAGAACUCUUUACAUCAAAGAUCACGUCUCUCCUUUUGUUUUGUUUUGUUUUUCUUGUAAUACGUGGCAAGCACGCUGACUAAGGUUGAAGCAGGAACCCAAUGGCUGCCGUUUUACGUCUCA